CCUAUUUUAUUUUUAUUUAUUUUUUACAGUCUAUGGGUGAAACUGAUAUGAUUCGCAGAGUUAGUUGUACAGUAGAAUAAAUGCCUUUCUUGCUGAUUUCGCCAGCGCUUGCAUGUUUAUAUGCAAGUUUGAUUGUAUUGUAACUUAAACCUGAGCAGAUGAAUCUUAACAAGAUCAGUGUCCUGACCAAACAUGUGUUUCUAUGCAAACAUGUCUUGGGUAGGUGGUACACGAACUUUGCUAAAUGUAAACCAAUCAUAUUUUGUCAAUGUUCUUCAAAAUUAGUUGCUUCCAUCUUACCAUGCACAAGACAACGUUUAAAGACUGGGGUUGCAGUUCCAGUUCUGCCAACAAGGACUUUGUCAUUGACAGCUUACAUGUUCAAGAGCAAAAAUAACAGCACAGAAAACAAUCCAGAGGAAGAGGAAGAUGAAAUUGAUGAAGCUGAAAUAGAGGAGCUGUUCCAGCAGCAGAUCCCCACAGAUAUUGGGCAAGAAGACCACAGAAUCUUUAUUGUUCAUCCUGAUGUGAAAUGGGGCAGAAGAAAGCAGUAUCUGACCACAGCGGCACUUCAGAUGGAAGAGGCUGUUGGGCUGGUGAACACUUUACACAAGUGGAGCGUUGUGGACAAGAUCAUCCUUUCCACCAAGACACCAGAAAAUAAAAGAAUUUUCGGCAAAGGAAACUUCCAGAUGCUGACAGAAAAGAUCAGAGCUACUACUGAGGUCACAGCCGUCUUUGUGAACGUGGAGCGUCUUUUACCUUCCUCGGAAAAAGAAUUACAGGAAGCCUGGGGAGUAAAAGUGCUUGAUAGAUACUCACUUGUUCUGCAUAUUUUCCGAUGUAACGCUAGUACAAAAGAGGCCAAACUGCAGAUCUCUUUAGCAGAGAUUCCCUUGUUAAGAUCACGCCUGAAAAAUGAAAUGGCAAACUUAGACCAGCAAGGUGGCGGCUCAAGGUACAUUAUGGGCUCAGGUGAAACCUUGUAUGAAAUGCAACAGAGAUUGUUGAAGGAGCGAGAGAUGAAGAUCCGAUCAGCCCUGGAGCGACUUAGGAAGAAGAGGCACCUGCUGCGCUCUCAGCGCAAACACAAAGACUUUCCUACCAUCUCUGUCAUGGGCUACACCAACUGUGGUAAAACAACUCUGAUUAAAGCACUGACUGGAGAUGCUGGUCUUCAGCCUAAAGACCAGCUCUUUGCCACCCUGGAUGUUACAGUACAUGCCGGACAGCUGCCAAGUCACAUGACUGUACUGUUUGUAGACACCAUUGGCUUUUUGUCCCAGCUCCCUCACCAGCUCAUUGACUCUUUCUCUGCCACACUGGAGGAUGUGACACAUUCUGACCUCAUAAUUCAUGUGAGAGACAUCAGUCAUCCAGAAACUGUGAAUCAAAAGGUUAAUGUUCUGAAUGUCCUAAAGAAUCUUCAGAUUCCAGAAAGACUACUCAACUCCAUAAUAGAGGUGCACAAUAAGAUUGACCUCAUUGAAGGGUGAGAGACAAAGUCAGUCAUUUGGUU